CAGAAAUCAUUCAUUCUUUUUAGUAGAAAUACUUGAUAAUUAUUUUGCUUUACAUAAAUAGAAGAGCUUAUAUGGUUUUAAUACAGAAACCUGUUUAUUUCAGAGUUUUUUGCGAUAUUUUAAACUGGACAGAUUUAUUGGCUUAUAGUUGUAAAACGGCGUGUUAUUUAAAAUGGAUGAACACAGGAGUGUUGAAGAUACACCAGCCUCUCAAAGGCUCACUAACGAUGACUUUAGAAAACUCUUGAUGACUCCGAGAGCAACCCCAUCAGGGGGAGGAGGACACCCCGUGGGAUCUGUGCGAGAAGCUAUGGCAAACUCCGGAUCAAUGCCACCACCUGCUGAGAACAAAAGUGAGUUACGUCGAAAAAAGAAAUCAUAUUAUGCAGCUUUGAAGAAACAGGAAGACAAUAAAUUGGCGGAACUGGCUGAGAAGUACAGGGAUAGAGCGCGAGAAAGGAGAGAUGGUCUUAAUGAACUUGGACCUACAGAUCCAACAAGCAACACAAGUAGUGCAUACAGAGCAGUAGCACCAGAUUUAAAAUCUGGAAUGGACGCCAAAGAAAGAAGAAGGCAGAUGAUUCAGGAAUCCAAAUAUCUAGGUGGUGACAUGGAACACACUCACUUGGUGAAAGGUCUCGAUUAUGCUUUGUUACAAAAGGUUCGAUCAGAGAUUCAAAAUCGUGAACAAGAGCAAGAGGCGGAAAUGGAGAGAUUGGUGGAGGCGCCUGUUGUUGAACCUGUUAAGGAGAAGAAAGAAGUACCUGCGGAUGAAGAAUUGCAAUUUGAAACAACUAUGGGAAAGGAUAUUUACAACAUGAUAUUGGAACAAAAGAAUAAAAAGGUGACACGUAACGAGUUAUUCGCACCUGGUCGUAUGGCUUAUGUUGUGGAGCUGGAGGAAGAAGGUGCUAUGGAUAGUGAUAUACCAACAACACUGACUCGCAGCAAGGCUGAUGUACCAGAUUUAGAUGAGAGAAGUUCUGCCGCAGCCGCUAAUGAUGUGGUCUUAGAUAAAUUGGCUCAAAUAUUCUCCUAUUUGAGACAUGGCCGCCAUAGAAAGUUGAAGAAGACUAAGGACAAGGCAAAUGAGAAGGGUCGUAAUGACGACUCAAUCUACGGCGAGAUAGGUGACUAUGUGGCGGGAGAACGACGCAGCGACCGCCGCGACGACCGACCACGCACCGGAUACUUUGACAAACCUGUAGAGACGGAGAAGGAAGAAGGUCCUAAUCCCCGACGUACAACGUCGAGUGGUCCUGAGCGUGAGUCUAGGUCGGCGGCGUUGUUGUCCCGACUGGCAGCGGAGCCCGAGGGCUACGCGGAGUGCUAUCCUGGACUUCGUGAGAUGGAUGAUGCUAUAGAUGAUUCUGAUGAUGAGGUUGACUACACGAAGAUGGAUGCUGGAAACAAGAAGGGACCUAUUGGUCGUUGGGAUUUUGAUACUCAGGAAGAGUAUUCAGCAUACAUGAGCAGUAAGGAAGCACUUCCGAAGGCAGCUUUCCAAUACGGUGUAAAGACACAGGACGGCCGCAAGACGAGGAAGACCAAAGACAAGAGUGAGAAAGCCGAGCUGGAUAGAGAGUGGCAACAGAUUCAAAAUAUAAUACAGAAGAGAAAAGCACCGCUGGCGGCCGAUGAACCCAACUUUAAGACACCGAAGUUUUGAUAUUGUUAAUACAAAUAAAGAUUUAGAAAAAAAAAAUGGUGAAUAAUUAUGUACUAUUUGAAUAAAUAUUUGAAUACUAGCUCUCGCCCGCGACUUCCACACUCGUAAAUCCCGAAAUCCCCCCUUCGUCUCUCCUAUUUUAACAUUU